CAGAUCUUAUCCUCCCACAGAAACGCGCACCCAGUCCUCAUUGGCGCUCCUGAAUCCCGCAGAGCAGCGCAGCGAUGUGUCAAUCUCACAGAAGGAGAGGGGCAGAAUGGGAUGCUGAGUGACUGAAGACGAUGCUACCGAUCACUCAUUCGGACGCGCUUCUAUUUAGUUUAACAUGAUAUUUAAACACACCCCGAGCCACAUUAACAGGUUGGAUAAGGGAACGUGAAGAAGCGGCCGAGCGCUGCAGGGGGAAAAAGCCGACCGAUCCAUGCACAGCUUCGCAGCGCAGGUCGGGAUGGUGAGCCGCUGUCAGACCCAAACCUUCCCGGACAUCACCGGCUUGACUCUCUCCGUGUUCGGCGCCAAGCCGGAGGAAAUGUGCGCACGGAAAGGCUUCGGAUCCCAGAUGUGCCGGAACCCCGGUGACUCCCAGAACAUGAGCUGCGCCAGCCCGAAGCGCCUCGUCGCUCACUCCGAGGAAAGAGCGCUGCUGUCGGCCAAAAGUGCGCGCCUGUGCCUCUCGCUGCCGCCGCUCCAAGUUAAUGGAGCCUACUGCUCAGAGGAGGACGUGAGCUCUAAGCUGGGCGAUGCCGAGGGCACCUUAAUGCGAUGUGGGCAGAGCUUGCUGCUACCAGCGGGGGGCCAUUCAGAAGGGCUCUACCCCCUGAGCCUUCACCGCACCAGACCAGCACCUGACCUCCUUCUGCAGGAUGGCCCACACCAUGAAACCAGAAGCACCUCUACCUUCCAUAGGGCCCCGCCUGGGGCCUCACCCAGCCUUGGCUGCAGCGCCAACAUGGCUCGCUCCUCUGCCCCUUACCCGAUUAAACAAGAGAACUCAAUUGGACAGAAAACCUCCAGCAUCCAAGGCCCGUGUCAGGCUGCGUUUCACGUCUGUAGGGCAGGUCAAGCUUUGGAGGCAUCGCGAGACGACAUGGCUACAGCCCUGCAUGCUAGCAGCAAUGGUAAUGGCGUGUGCGCCGUGAGCUGUGCGGUUAGUGCCGUGUCGGGGGACGCACUGCAACCGUUUAAUAAUGGAGAUGGCUCCUCCCCGCUGGCUUUGUCCCCAACUGGCUCCCAUCAUUCAGCGCGGCUGCUCGGUGCUAGCAGCGUGAAGAGACGCUGCCUUUCCCUGGCCUCGCAGUCCGCUGCCGCUGCCGGCGCCAGCAGCGUCACCCCAACGAGUUCCCCGUCAGACACCGGUACCACCUCCACAGAGAUCCAUAUCACCACGGCCGUCUGCUCCUCCACCCAGAUGUCGACGGCGGCCUGCGUCAACGGGUUCCGCGCCGCCCUCUCACCCAGCAACGCUAGUAGCGCCGGCUUCUCCUCGUCGUCGUCCUCCACCUCUUCUUCUACGUCUCCGCCCUCGAUCUGCUGCCAGCGGGAAGCCCCUCGGAGGCCCCCACGUCACGGCAGCCCCCAGCAAGCGACGCUACAGGAGAGCUGUCAGCUGUCCUCACCUGCCGCCUGCCUCCUGUCCCUGUCCGCCUCCUCCUCCUCCUCCUCCUCCUCCUCGUCCUCUUCUUCAGCAUCAUUAGUGGAGCCGGAGACAGGCCUGGGGCAGAGCCUGGGGCUUUGCGAGGAGCAGGUCUCCAUGCUGCGGGGGCUCGGGGUCGGAGGAACCGCCGAGGAAGGUGAAGAAAGAGGCUUGGAUGGGUUGGGUCUACUGAUGAGUGGGACCCUUAUGUCCGGGACAUUGAACUCCGCUUCUGAAGUCGGCUGCAUGCUGGAUGGAGGUCAAAGAUGUGGGGCAGCUCUCAAGCAGGAACCUCUUGACGAUUUCUCCCCAAGUCAAGAUGAACUCCUUCAGCACCACUAUCACCACCACCAUCACCUAAGUGGCCGCAAUGGGCACCACCACCACACUCCCCAGCCAUCUCGAUCUGCCAUGCCUCCUCCCUACCACCUGCACCAAUACCCGGGCCCCAGUCAUGGGGGGCCGCUGCAGCAGCUGAGCCCGCAGACAGCACAGGCCUCACCUCUGGGACUAAAACAGACCUCCGGAGGCCCCCCUGCACCGCACACAGCCUCGGAGCGGGAAGAAGUGAGAGGAGGAGCGCAGACGGACAAGCAGGUGUGUCGCUGGAUCGACUGCAGCGCCGCGUACGAGCAGCAGGAGGAGCUCGUUAGGCACAUUGAGAAAGUCCACAUCGACCAGCGCAAAGGAGAGGACUUUACCUGUUUCUGGGCCGGCUGCAUCCGUCGCUACAAGCCCUUCAACGCCCGCUACAAGCUGCUGAUUCACAUGAGGGUUCACUCUGGAGAGAAACCCAACAAGUGCAUGUUCGAGGGCUGCAACAAAGCGUUCUCCCGUCUGGAGAACCUGAAGAUCCACCUGAGGAGCCACACGGGCGAGAAGCCGUACCUCUGCCAGCACCCGGGCUGCCAGAAAGCUUUCAGCAACUCCAGCGACCGAGCCAAGCACCAACGCACUCACCUGGACACGAAACCAUAUGCGUGCCAGAUAUCUGGCUGCACCAAGCGCUACACGGAUCCCAGUUCUCUACGCAAACAUGUCAAAAUCCACUCAGCCAAAGAGCAACAGGUGCAUAAGAAGCUGCGGCCCUGCCCACACCUGGACCAGGAUGUCCUGAGUGACUGUCUCUCCAUGCAGCAGCUCCAGAGCUCCACUUCCUCGCAUCACCUCUACAACGGCAAAGAUGCUCGUUCUCCCGCUCUGUGUCCAGACAUCUUCACAGGCCUGUACGCUGGCUCCAGCAACCCCCAUCAGAGCGCCUCCAUGGAGCUCCUCUCCCAUACCCCCAACCCCGCCUCCGUCACCGACCUGCCCUCCCGACAGCACCGGCUGGAUCGGGACCUCGGCAGCCCUCAUCACCUGUCCCCUCUGGCAUCCAUGGACGGCGCAAGGGACGGCAGGGUAUCGGGCCCCCUCCUGUCUCCUGGCAUGAAGGCAACAGGGACUCCUCCUCUUUCACAGGAGAAACAACAAGGUCACCAUCACCACCACAAGCCCUACCCUCAUUACCACCACCAGUCUGGACCUGACGAAUACCAAGCCAGCUUUCAGAGCUGCUUCCAUUUUGGGGACUCCUAUCGGAUGGAGCAGGCGGUCAGCGGGGUCCAGGUCCCAGGAGACGCUCACGCCUAUUCGUCCCAGCAGCACAACGGCUUCCACAUGUCGGCCAGCAACACUGGAGGCUUCGGCGUGACCCAGGAGCUGCAGGGGGGCCCGGGGUGCCAGUAUUCCUCCAGCCCCGACGACAGCAUCUUCUUCCAGCAGGGCAGCUUCGACCGCAGCUUGAGCCACAUGCCGUCGGUCUACACGGAAACAUAAGAGCCGAGCCCGGAGCAGGGAACGCUUCCUCACAAACUCCCACCGCACGCAUCCUCGCCUUCUCUUCAAACCCUUGUUUUGCUUCAUUAAAACCUCUACUUGGGUCGUUCUGAAUCACGCAGCAGACAUUAACCAGCUGAACUCAAUGUACGCCUGCAGCCCAUCAAAAUUAAAACUGAUGCACCACCUUAUUGUAACGGAUUGUAAACAAAGCAAAGCUUGCAACCAGGCGCCUUCUGGCCUCUUUAGAGCUAUAGUUGAUUAAAAAAAAAUACCCCUUA